CUUGGCAUGGUAGUAGCCAUAUACAAUGUUAACUACUGCAGUCGUGCGUUUGGCUUUAUUAAGUCGUACAUUUCCUAACAGUUUGAUUAAAAACAUGCUGUUCUUUUUUAUUACCAUUAUUGUAUGUUACAGUGACCUGGAUUGGGAUGACGAAAAAUAUUUUCCAGAUGGAAAAGAAGAUGAAGACGACGAAGAAGAUGACGAUGACGAUGACAAUGACAAUGAUGACGAAGGAGAUGAAAGAGAGAAUAACAAUCCUUUGAGUAAUCCACUAAAGAAGUCAUCAGAUCCAUUUAUUCGAUUUCGGAAAAUCUUCCGCCGCUUCCGUCGCCGACGUCGAUCCCGUCGUGGAGGCUUUCGGUUUCGAGGGUUCUUUGGACGCCGUCGAGGUGGACGCUGAUAAAUCUGCAGCACCGCUUUCUUAAAACGUAACGUAAGGACAUUUCCGUUUCUUAGUUUAAUCAUGGUUAAAGGGGGAAGCUGGUUGAUAGGAAAUCUUAGUAGGUAAAAGCACAAAAAGUUUCUCCUUUUUCGAAAUCUGAAACAAUCUGGAUCCAUGAUUAAAAGUAUUUUGUUACUGGUUU